AAAGGUGGGGACAGACUCGUGUGUAUCGCCCUACCUCCGUGUAGCCAACUCCGCCUCCAAGAAAUCCAGCUGUCGUCUUCUCAUUGGCUUAUUCCUCCUCUCUUUCACACAUUCCACAUUUAUUUAAACCCAUCGAAUCCGCGUCUUUUCAUUCUCCUUCCAUCUCACACACACACAACCGCUGCUUCUCGCCCUAUCAAUCGAGGCAUAUACUAAUCAAUAAUGGUAUCAUCAACCGAAGCUUCCCGCGAGGAAAAUGUGUACAUGGCCAAACUGGCAGAGCAGGCCGAAAGGUAUGAAGAAAUGGUCGACUUUAUGGAAAAGGUUGCAAAGACUGUGGACGUCGAGGAGUUGACCGUGGAGGAAAGGAAUCUUCUGUCUGUAGCUUACAAGAAUGUGAUCGGCGCCAGGAGGGCAUCAUGGAGGAUAAUAUCUUCCAUCGAGCAGAAAGAAGAGAGCCGUGGGAAUGAAGAUCAUGUUAAACUAAUUAAGGAUUACAGGGCUACAAUCGAGACUGAACUAAGCAAAAUCUGUGACGGUAUUCUGGGCCUUCUGGAAUCUUAUCUUGUCCCCUCUGCUUCAUCUGCAGAGUCAAAGAUCUUUUACUUGAAGAUGAAGGGUGAUUAUUAUAGAUACUUGGCGGAAUUCAAGACGGGAGCUGAUAGGAAAGAAGCUGCUGAGAGCACUUUGUUAGCUUACAAAUCCGCUCAGGAUAUCGCUCUAUCUGAUUUGGCUCCUACUCACCCGAUACGGCUAGGGCUCGCACUGAACUUCUCAGUGUUUUAUUAUGAGAUUCUCAAUUCACCUGACCGUGCUUGCAACCUUGCCAAGCAGGCCUUUGAUGAAGCUAUUGCUGAGUUGGAUACAUUGGGAGAGGAUUCAUACAAGGACAGCACAUUGAUCAUGCAACUUCUCCGUGACAACCUCACUUUGUGGACAUCUGAUAUCGCGGAUGAAGCUGGAGACGAGAUCAAGGAAUCCUCAAAGCCAGACGAAACACAAUGAUUGAUAUAUUAUGAGGUUUGUAGGAAAAACAGUCUGUUUACUACAUAUCAGUACCUUACUUUAAGUAUCCUAUUCUGAAUGACGUGUAUCAAGGACAUAAUGUUUGCCCAAUCACCGGGUGCUAGCACCCAGUAGUUCAAAAGCUUGUUCAAGUACUUGUGGCUUGCUGGUUUUUAUCCGCUUAGGAUUUGAGUUAGUUUUUUUUUAUUCAAAUUCCGGAUUCGUAUGCACUCUUUUGUGUGUGGAUCAACAUAUGCUUGUUCGUGACCCAAAUCUUGUUUA